AUGUAUGAACAGCUGGAGGGCAUGCGGAUCCUGGUCACGCUGCUGCUGGACACACUGCCCAUGCUCGGGAACGUCCUUCUGCUCUGUUUCUUUGUCUUCUUCAUCUUCGGGAUCGUGGGCGUACAGCUCUGGGCUGGUCUGCUUCGCAACCGCUGCUUUCUGGAUAGCACCUUUGCCAGGAACAACAACCUCACCUUCCUGCGGCCGUACUACCAGACAGAGGAGGGCGAGGACAAUCCCUUUAUAUGCUCCUCGCGCCGGGACAACGGCAUGCAGAAGUGCUCACACAUCCCCAGCCGCCGUGAGCUGCGCGUGGAGUGCACGCUGGGCUGGGAGGCCUACGGGCAGCCGCAGGCCGAGGGCGUGGCUGGCGCGGGCCGCAACGCCUGCAUCAACUGGAACCAGUACUACAACGUGUGCCGCUCGGGCGGCUCCAACCCCCACAACGGCGCCAUCAACUUCGACAACAUCGGCUACGCAUGGAUCGCCAUCUUCCAGGUGAUCACGCUGGAGGGCUGGGUGGACAUCAUGUACUACGUCAUGGACGCCCACUCUUUCUACAACUUCAUCUACUUCAUUUUGCUCAUCAUCGUGAGUGUGGGCGACGGGGCGGGUCCUGGGGGCUGGGCUGCGCCAUCCGAGCCUCUGCUGACUCCCUCGGGGACCCUGCACUAG